AUGGCCUCCCCUGAGGCUCUGGGCACAAAUGAGAUUUCCAAGGAGAAGCAGGAGAGCUUCUACCUCCAUGGGCUUAAGGCCCAGCUCAAGGAAGCUCCCCACCAGGACCAGGGUUAUCAGGACAAGCCUCUGCCAGAUCUGUAUGUGCUGCUGCCUGCUGUUUACUUGGUGAUCUGCACUAUGGGGCUGAUGGGCAACACAGCCAUCAUCUAUGUGAUCUUAAGAGCACCCAGGAUGAAGACCAUGACCAAUGUGUUCCUCCUGAACCUGGCCGUGGCCAACGGACUCUUCACACUGGUGCUGCCUGUGAACACUGCUGAAUACCUGCUGCAGCGCUGGCCUUUUGGGCAGCUGCUGUGCAAGCUGGUGCUGGCCAUCGACCUCUGCAGCAUCUUCUCCAGCGUCUAUUUCAUGGCUGCCAUGAGCGUUGACCACUACCUGGUGGUGCUGGCCACGGUGCACUCCUGUGGCCCACCAUGCCAUACCCACCAUGAUGCCAAGGUAGCCAGCCUGUGCGUUUGGCUGGCCGUGGCCUUCUUGGUGCUGCCUUUCUUCUCCUUCGCCAGCAUCUAUAGCAACGACUGUGGCCUGAGCUUCCCACAGCCUGAGUGGGCCUGGUUCAAGGACAGCCACGUCUUCACACUGGUGCUGGGCUUCUUGCUGCCUGUGUGCACAGUAUGUGCGCUAUACGCUAACCUGCUGUGCUGGCUGUGGGCCAUGCAGCUCUACUCAGCUGCCAAGGCGCUGGGCAAGGCCAAGCACAGGGUCAUCAUCCUGGUCUUUGCUGUGUUGGCUGCCUCCCUCCUCUGCUGGAUGCCUUUCCACCUGGCCUCAGUCGUGGCUCUCAUCACAGGGUGCCGCAGGCCACCCUGGUCAUCAGCCAGCCUCAGCUAUGCCAACUCCUGCCUCAACCCCUUCCUCUACAUAUUCCUGGAUGACAACUUUCCCAGGGGCUUUCAUGUCCUAUCCCCUUGCUGGAGGGCCUGAGCUCCUGGCUGCUUCCUGUCCCCCCAGUAGUGUCCACGCUGCCAGGGGAGCAUUCUGCCUCCUCACAUCCCACUGUUCCCAUUCCCUUUUCCAAGUAAAUGCACGUGUUUAUUUUACUGGAAAGACAGGGAGUGUAUCCACCUGCUGGUACCCUCCUCAAAGGCCACAGCAAUCAGCUCUGAGCCAGG